AUAGUUCUCUCACUUUCAGAGUCAGCUGAAGGCUAGAGAAAGCUCCACAGAAAGCCUUUCAGUGUCUGACUUCUGUGGACUUGGCUUGAGAGAAGGCUGAGAGAGAUGAUGGCAGGCAUGAAAAUCCACCUGGUGUGCAUGAUACUCCUGGCUUGCAGCUCCUGGAGUCUGUGCUCAGAUUCUGAAGAGGAAAUGAAAGCAUUAGAAGCAGAUUUAUUGACCAAUAUACAUACGUCAAAGAUCAGUAAAGCAAGUGUUCCUUCAUGGAAAAUGACCCUGCUAAAUGUUUGCAGUUUUAUAAAUAACUUCAACGGCCAAACUGAGGAAACAGGAGAGGUUCAUGAGGAAGAGCUUGUUACAAGAAGAAAACUUCCUGUUGUUCUAGAUGGCUUUAGCCUGGAAGCAAUGCUGACAAUCUACCAGCUCCAAAAAAUCUGUCACAGCCGAGCCUUUCAACACUGGGAGAUAAUUCAGGAAGACAUUCUUGAUAAUGGAAAUGAAAAAAAUGAGAAGGAAGAAGUCAUAAAGAGAAAAAUUCCUUACAUUCUGAAAAGACAACUGUAUGAGAAUAAACCAAGAAGACCCUACAUACUUAAAAGGGGUUCUUACUACUACUGAGGAGAUAUACAUUUUCUUUACAUUUGAUUGUGAUUUAUCAUCCUUGUUUGAAUACUAAUUAUAUAUGUGUGAAAAUGUGACAAAAUAUGCUUAUUUUGACUCUUCCACAAUUGUGGUUUUUUGGGUGUGAUUUUUCUGCAUACAUAUAAAUUGGACUAAAUGUUUUCAAAUAAAUCUACAUCUUGA